AUGUCAAUACUUUCCAAAUCAUUCUACUUUAUAGCGUGGAUACAGAUUAUUCAUUCUGGUGUGUCCAGCUAUGAAUUUCAUCAGAUUGUGAAACAUAUCAUUCUAGAGAACCCAGACGCUAAAACUCCAGGUUUACCAGAUGACGUAAAAUUGGAGGCACUAUGCGGGUUAUUAUUCUUUAUUUUGGGUACAUUUAUCAGUCAAUCCAAGCUUAAGUACCUUAGUAUUCGUGGGGAGGAACGAAUAAUUGAGACAGAUGAGUAUCUUAAACCUAUCGAAUUGAACAAGGCGUCCAGUACAGAUGUAGUGAUAAACAAUGAUCCUUAUGGGGAAAUAAACUACCUUCCUUCAUUUGUUGACAUCCAUGCUAAGAGGAAACUGUUCAAAGAAUACCUUCAUCGCAGUUUGUGA